CCAUCCACGCUGAGUCCGACGUCCCGACCUUGCCAGUCAGGCACCCGGCUUCGCCAGGCGACGUCUGAAUCUCGGGUGCAGUAGUCUUUGAUCUACACUCUGAUAACGGCCUGAUCGACUCUUUUGCCAAUGUCAUGCCCGAAAUGAAUUCUCUUUCUGCCUGUUGUCAAGCGCUCCUAGUCCUCGCCUCUCGCUCCGUUGGCCUAAUAAGUUACACAAUCUCUGCUGGGUUGUUUGCGACGAAGUCGCACUGUUGUCUUCUUGAUGUGAAUACUCUGUGGUCACACGGAUCUGUGACGCCAUCAUCACAUCUACAUGGUUCCCUUCAGCGUCUCUACAGCUUUGUGAAUGAUAGUCGCCCUAACGUCCCGCCUGCCCGAACACCGAAACGUCGACAUGCUGCUCUCAUAUUCUAGUACCACAACUUUCCCGUUCUCUGUC